CGAGGGAGGGCCGCUGACCGCCCGGCCCCGGCCCCUCGCCGUCCGCGUCCGGGCCGGACGGAAAGGCCUGGCCGCCUCGGCGGGCCGAAUCGGGAUGUCGGGCGGCUGCUUGAGCUCCAAGCGGAGGCGCCGGGCCACCCCAGCACGUUCUCGUUAGGAAAUCUCGCGAAAUGCUGAAAACGGGGCUGCUUAAAAAUCAGUCGUUUAAAAUGUGGGCUCUGUCACUGAGGUGUUAGCGAAGUCACCUGGUCGACCCUGCCGUGCAGAAUGGCCAUCAGUCCAGGAAGUGACGCAGCUUUCUCCAGUCAGAAAUCAACGCUCUCAGAGAGUCCUCGAUCAAAGAGAUUCCCACUAACUGAAGAGGAAAUAUUUUAUAUGAAUUGUAGAGCUGCCUACCUAACUGUUUUCAAAAGCAGCUUAGAAAACAUUAUUUCUAAAGAUCAGCUUUACUUAGCUCUUCAGCAUGCAGGAAGAAAUCCAUCCCAAAAGACCAUUAAUAAGUAUUGGACUCCUCAAACUGCCAAACUGAAUUUUGAUGAUUUUUGUAUAAUUUUAAGGAAGGAGAAACCUACUUCAAAAGCAGAACUGCUAAAAUCAUUUAAGCAAUUAGAUGUAAAUGAUGAUGGCUCUAUUUUACACACUGACCUUUAUAAACUUCUAACAAAGAGAGGUGAGAAGAUGACUAGAGAAGAAGUAAAUGCCAUAGUAAAUUUGGCUGAUGUAAAUGCUGAUGGCAAGUUUGACUACAUCAAGUUUUGUAAGUUAUAUCUGACAACCAACGAGCAAUGUCUCAAAACUGCUCUAGAAAAACUGGAAGUUGACAGUAAACUGAAGCGUCAACAUUUUGGAAGCCACAUCGAAGCGUCCCCUGAAAGGGAACCCUCACCAGUACCCAAACCAUCGCCUAGAAUCAUGAGAAGAAGUGACGAGGACACGUUCACAAAUAAAGGUGACACCAGGAGUUCCUUACUGGCAACAACUAGAAAGUUCAAAACAUCUGUCUCCUUCACAGUUACAAUGGGUGCUAAUAGUAACCGAAACUCAAAGUUAACUGAGCCAAACUCAGUAAAGGAGUGGCAAUGUGUACAAUCAAAAGGUUGCUUUUUCUUGGAAGAAGAUGGUGAAAUCGUGAGUCAUCAAUACAGGAUGCAGAUAGCUCAGAGAUGCAUGGUUUAUCUAACAAUUAAGCCCUUAAACCUGAGUCAAGCUGAAGGAAAACCAUCCCCUUGGCUAUCAGUUGAUACUGCCUUGUAUAUUCUUAAGGAAAAUGAAAGUCAAGCAAAUCUACAGCUCAUGUGUUUUACUGAACUACAAAAUAGAGAAGUGUUUGGGUGGACUGGUGAACUGGCACCUGGAAUGUACUGGUUGAUUCCUUCCACAACUGGCUGUAGGCUGAGGAAAGAAGGACAAGCAGUAGCAGAAGAAGCCCAGCUUGUGUACAGAGAUGAGACAGGGGGACUGCUUCUUACGCAGGAGUUUAGGUCAACUUUAUCAGAUAUAUUUGAGGUAAUUGAUUUAGAUGGAAAUGGUCUUCUUAGCCUUGAAGAAUAUAAUUUUUUUGAAUUGAGAACCAGUGGUGAGAAAUGUGAUGAAGAUGCUUGGGCUGUGUGCAGAGAGAAUUUUGAUACAAAGAAGAAUGAACUAACAAGACGGGGCUUUAUGGAUCUGAAUCUGGUGGAAGCCAACGAUCGGGAGGGAGAUCCUCGUGACCUUUGGGUAACUCUGCACGCCAUGGGCUACAAUAAAGCUCUGGAAUUAACAGAGGCAUGCCCAUUUGUCAUUGAUGUCUAUGCAGACAAAUGCAAGCCAAGAAUUAAAGCUGUUCACAUGGAGGCAUGCAGUGGGCAACUUGAGAAGGCCGUUUGUAAGUCCGUCCUCAGCAAAGGUGAUGCCAAAGUAAUGGACGGCUAUGAAGACAUAAUUGUACAUACCUAUACGUGUGACACCUGGAUAACAUCAGUUAUUGAGAACAAGUCAGAUAAUAAAGCGAUUAUUCACAUCAGCAACGAGCUGAGUAGAAACUGCGUGAACAACAGAGGACUCAACAUCUUUGCAGUCGAAGUGGCACCCAAAUCUGCGAUGGUUUGUCAACAUGUGAUGCCUCUGAAUGGACAACAGGAGUGGAUGUCUCACUCCUCUCCCUCCUCCUGCACCUUUUCAGCUUGGAGCUGGUGCCCUCCUGCAUGGCCCUGCAGCUGCUCAAGCCCAGGAACCGCAUUUCCACCCUCACCCACACUGGCGGUGGUUCGGCAGGCAGCUAAGAUUGGAGCGACAGCGUGGAGUUGGAUCUUGAGUAUCCUUGGGAGAGGACUCCCGGCUCAGUGCACCAUCGCGCAGUAGAUAGGAUGGGACUGGUCGAUGUGUGAUUUGACAUUUAAACAAUUAGAGAACUCAAUCCUGCAGCAUGUCACAGAUUCAGGAAUGAUUUCCUUGAUGAGAAGAUCUCUGCCCUGAGGGAAGCCGGUGCAGAGUACCUGGACCACAACCUCACAGUCGUCUUUGGUGUCAGAGGCCGUGCAAAUAUGGCCCCUCGUGCUCUAAAGAAAAUGUGGAUGGAGUUUCCUCAACUAAACAAUAACAACAUUGCCUGCUCUUCCGUGGCACAGUGUUUGCCCUGCCGUGUGGAUAGUCUUUCUGACAUAGAAAGUCAUCUCUGGUGACAGCUCUUCCUGGUACAGGCCCCUGUCUAAAUCCUUUUAGGCAGUUAAGGGAGAGGGAAAAAGCUUUUCCUGAGUCUACUGGGUCUCACUUGGCUUCAGCUCGAAAUAAUCGACAUGCCAAAGUGACACAUUUUGGGGUGGCGUGUUCUGCUCCCCCUCAGUACCUUUAAUGAGAGAAAGUUACACAAAUCCUGUCUGAGUUCCAGCUGUGUCACCGACAGCAUGUUGGAAGGCUGCGCAUCUCAGUUCUAGACUUCUCCUGGAAAGGAAACGUGUACAGAAACUGCCUACUGGCCUCGUGCAGGGCUGUCAAAAUACCCUUUAUGCUGGGCCAAGUCCUGGGGGGUCAGGUGGCCUCACACAAGCAAUAAUCGAUAAUUGCAUUUUUACCUGAACCAAAGCAAAACCGGUGUUGCCACCAUGCUGCAGGGGAUUCCUGAGUUCCACACUGCUUCCCUUGAAAAUCUGGGUCUGCAUAAGGGCACGACAGCUCCUGUGUCCGACCUGGCUGAGGCACGCACCAGCACCCAGCGGGGACGAGCACCAUGGAGCUGUGCAAGUUGGGUGUGCAGAUGCACAUGCAUGCGAGAUGCACCAGCAGUCAGCUGACAUCCUAAAACUUGUCACAAUGAUGUAAUUUACUUAUUUCAAAUAUUGUGUUCGGCUAUGUUAUCAAUGUACUGUAGACGUCAAACUUGUGACCAUACUAAUAAAAUCAUUAAAAGGAAAAAAAGAAAAUGUAAUGCAGAAAUAGCCAUUUAAUUAUAUAUUAAUUUUCCAAUCAGAAAAUACAAUUAAAGCAAAAUUUGGAGAAAUUGAUUUUUAUAUUAAGCCAAAAUCUAAUCACAACAGUAGGAAUAUUUUGUUCUGACAGUAAUUUUCUUUAAUGAAUUUUCUUGUGGAUUGCUUUUAAUUAAGUGUUUUCUGAAAUAGUAGGAAUUAAAUCUAAAUAGCACUUAAUGAUGACUAGUAUAGCACAUCAAAAACUAUAUUAAGCAAUUAAGAACUGUAUAACCAUAUCAGUAACAGAAUACUUGGCCAGUAAAUGUCAGCUUUUGAAAUAUGAAUACCAGUAUGGCAGUAUAUUAUUUUUGUACCCAGUACAUGCUAGCCCAUAGUUUAAAUGUCAUUUGGAAUUUUGGCCCUUGAUUUAGACAUCUGUAAAGUGAGUUAUCGUUAUCUAGCAGUUUGAAUUCUUCAGAUGAUGUCUUAAAAAGCAAUGCUACGUGAAACAUUUUAUUAAUUGCCAGGUGCUUUGUAAACCCAAUAAAUGUGACUGUAUAUUCCAUCUCACAAAGUAUCAAGUUGCAGGAAAUUAAUUAUCUGGCUAUAUUACCAAAAGCGUAUAAUAAAGUUGCCUUUGCCCCAA